AUGUCACCACACGCGACAAAGGAUUCUCUUCUGGAGACUGAUCCAGCUAUCUACGAUGUCCAUCAUCAAACCUGGGCGGCAGUACCCCUGCCUCAAAACGAAGUAGAAUGGGUAGAACGAGCUGCUCAGGUUGCUAGAGUUCUUGCCGAAGAUGCUGCACUCCGAGAUAGAGAACAGAAGAUUCCAGUGGCAGAAAUCUCAUUGUUGAAAUCUUCUGGCUUGCUAAAAGUGCUCGGUCCAGUAAAGUACGGCGGAGGAGCGCAGGGAUGGGAUGUUGCGUACAAAACCAUUCGGGAAGUUGCUAAGGGUGACGGCGUCAAGAUCGAUCACGUUGAAGUCCCAUGGACUGAUGCCUUGGGGUGGAAUCCGAAGGAGAAGAAGCCUUUGGAAUCCGUAUUAGGUAUCCCAUGGGCCUCACUCUUAUUACCAACUAUUCAGCUAGUUUUCUCGAACUUUUACAUUGGUAUUGCUUUGGGUGCCCUCGACUUCGCUUUGAAAUAUAGCGCGAAGAAUACUCGAGCUUGGCCGUAUGGCGGAGACAAUAAAGACCAAGCAAGUGACGAAUUCUACAUUCUCGAGCGCUACGGAAACUUCAAGGCACAUCUUCGUGCUGCUGAAACCCUCGCAGAUAAAGCUGGAUUAGUCAUUGCAGAGAUAUAUGACACAAAAUCCGAGAAGCGUGAUAUCUCUGCGAGAGAGCGUGGUGAAGCUGCUGAAUGGGUUGCAUCUGUCAAAAUAGUGGCAACCGACACAGGAUUGCGAGUGACCUCUGGCGUCUUCGAAGUUACUGGUGCUCGUGCAACAAGUACAAAGGUGGGCCUCGAUAGGUUCUUCAGAGAUAUCAGGACACAUACUCUACAUGAUCCUGUUAGUUAUAAGAAUAGGGAGCUUGGCAGAUUUGCCCUGUUAGACGAGGUUCCAGAGCCGACCUGGUACACAUAA